AGCCACCUAGAGCCACUGCGCCGUGCUGAUUGCUGCUGCGCGUGCGCAGACGGUCCGGGGCCUGAGUCUUCAUGCUUGCCGCCUCUGCUGCUUCCUUCCUUGGAUUUGAGUCUCGCGCUUUCUUCUAUUGCUCGCCCGCGGACUCGCGCCCCUCUCGCGCCCCGGGCCACCAAGCCCGGGGAAGAGGUUGGAAAGGGCUGUUGAUCGCCGCCUUUCAAUUGUGCGUGGGGCGGCCAUGUCGGCCGGUGAGGUCGAGCGCCUAGUGUCGGAGCUGAGCGGCGGGACCGGAGGGGAUGAGGAGGAAGAGUGGCUGUAUGGCGUAAUUACAGGGUGAUCUAACUUUGGAUAUGCUUAUAGGCCCAUGGGACGUGCAUGUGCACAGUGAUUUGGCAAAGGACAUAGAUGAAAAUGAAGUUGAAAGGCCAGAAGAAGAAAACGCCAGUGCUAAUCCUCCAUCUGGAAUUGAAGAUGAAACUGCCGAAAAUGGCGUACCAAAACCGAAAGUGACUGAGACUGAAGACGAUAGUGAUAGUGACAGUGAUGAUGAUGAGGAUGAUGUCCAUGUCACUAUAGGAGACAUUAAAACAGGAGCACCACAGUAUGGGAGUUAUGGUACAGCACCUGUAAAUCUUAACAUCAAGACAGGGGGAAGAGUUUAUGGAAGCACAGGAACAAAAGUCAAAGGUGUAGACCUUGAUGCUCCUGGAAGCAUUAAUGGAGUUCCACUCUUGGAGGUAGAUUUGGAUUCUUUUGAAGAUAAACCAUGGCGUAAACCUGGUGCUGAUCUUUCUGAUUAUUUUAAUUACGGGUUUAAUGAAGAUACAUGGAAAGCUUACUGUGAAAAACAAAAGAGAAUACGAAUGGGACUUGAAGUUAUACCAGUUACUUCUACUACAAAUAAAAUUACGGCCGAAGACUGUACUAUGGAAGUUACACCAGGUGCAGAGAUGCAAGAUGGCAGAUUCAAUCUUUUUAAGGUACAACAGGGGAGAACUGGAAAUUCAGAGAAAGAAGCAGCACUUCCUUCUACAAAAGCUGAGUUUACUUCUCCUCCAUCUUUAUUCAAGACUGGACUUCCACCAAGCAGAAACAGCACAUCUUCUCAGUCUCAGACAAGUACUGCCUCCAGAAAAGCCAAUUCAAGCGUUGGGAAGUGGCAGGAUCGAUAUGGGAGGGCCGAAUCACCUGAUCUAAGGAGGUUACCUGGAGCGAUUGAUGUUAUUGGACAAACUAUAACUAUUAGCCGAGUAGAAGGAAGGCGACGGGCCAAUGAGAACAGCAACAUACAGGUACUUUCUGAAAGAUCUGCUACUGAAGUAGACAACAAUUUUAGCAAACCACCUCCGUUUUUUCCUCCAGGAGCUCCUCCCACUCACCUCCCACCUCCUCCGUUUCUACCACCACCUCCAACUGUCAGUACUGCUCCACCUCUGAUUCCACCACCAGGUAUCCCAAUAACUGUACCACCUCCAGGUUUUCCUCCUCCACCAGGUGCUCCACCGCCAUCUCUUAUACCAACAAUAGAAAGUGGACAUUCCUCUGGUUAUGAUAGUCGCUCUGCACGUGCAUUUCCGUAUGGCAAUGUUGCCUUUCCUCAUCUUACUGGUUCUGCUCCUUCAUGGCCAAGUCUUGUGGACACUACCAAGCAAUGGGACUACUAUGCAAGAAGAGAGAAAGACCGAGAUAGAGACAGAGACAGAGACAGAGAGCGAGAUCGGGAUCGGGACCGAGAAAGAGAACGCACCAGAGAAAGAGAGCGGGAGCGUGAUCACAGUCCUACCCCAAGUGUCUUCAACAGUGAUGAAGAGCGAUACAGAUACAGGGAAUAUGCAGAAAGAGGCUAUGAGCGUCACAGAGCAAGUCGAGAAAAGGAGGAGCGACAUAGAGAAAGACGGCACAGGGAGAAGGAAGAAACCAGACAUAAGUCAUCUCGCAGUAAUAGUAGACGUCGCCAUGAAAGUGAAGAAGGAGACAGUCACAGAAGGCACAAGCAUAAAAAAUCUAAAAGAAGCAAAGAAGGAAAAGAAGCUGGCAGUGAGCCCGCCCCUGAACAGGAAAACACUGAAGCUACACCUGCGGAAUAGGCAGUUUGCCUGCUGUGUAUAUUAGGACCAGAAAUAGAUACUAUAAAUCUCAUUAUUUUUCUGGAUAAUGUUUAAGAAAUUUACCUUUAAUCUUGUUCUAUCAGUAUGAAUAGUUAACUUUUUUUCCAAAAUAAAUUGAAUUUUUCAUGUUAAGUUAAAAUCUUUGUUUUGUAAUAUUUAAAAAAUAAAAAGACAGCAUUGACUACAUCCAAGAAAGUAACAUGAAUGUAUCACUUCGCAGGGGACUAGGAGAGCUGUAUUAAGCUGUGUACAUACACCGUGUCUGAUGCAGGUCAAGGACUGCUUGGCCAGGUUAUUUUUGUUAAACACCAGUUUCAGAAAAAGCUAUAUUGCAAAAGGCAUCACAAGCGCCCUCUCAAGCUGUGAGAUUAAACUAGUCUUUCUUAUUACUGCUAUGGCAUUCUUCUUUUUGAUACUAUAAUAUUUGAUAGCAGAUUUUCAGUGUGCUAAAUUUGGGUCCAUGGUGAAACUAAAUGGGGAACUUUUAUAUCAAAACAGUAGAAUCUAUAAGGUAUUUGGGUGGCCUCUGAAGUGCCCUAUAUGUAAUUGCAGACAGACAUCAUUCUGACACAAACUUGAACUGCCUCAUGGCCAUAUAUAGCUGGGCCAGGGUCAAGCUCAUUUGACCUUUCUUGAUGUGUUUUCCAAGGCUCACUGAUGUGGAGUUUUUAUAUAGUUACUGACUAUAUUGUGAAUAAAAAUAAAUUUUGUGACAAGAGCUUUGGGUUAGUCAUUCUUACAGAAACUGAGAAAAUACAAGGUUAUAACUAUUUUUAGGAAUAACCCUUGGAGUCAUUAUAUGUCAGUGAUGGUAACAGAUAACAUGGUGUUUGAAAGAAUGAAUUACUAGGAUCUUCAAUUGGUGGUGAGAACUAAACAGUUAAAAUCACAUUCAAAAAAGACAUAAUUUUUGAAAAAUAUUUAUUUCUCAGUUGAUGAACAUUUCUCAGCAUUAUCUCCAUACUUUACAUUUAAAAUUCUUAUUGUGGAUUCUUGCAGAACUCACUAAAAUUUAAAUUGAUGAUUUGAUUGGGGCAUAGAAAUCAGUUUUACUUAUUCAGUGGCUUUUUAUUAAAUACAAAAAUUUAAACUUAAAAGUUAUGGAGUAAUGAGAAAUCUUCCAUACUGAAUAAAAACCAUUAAUAGUUUUUAUUUUUUGAGAACAGUCUGAGGUAAAACUGGUCUUCAUCAGGUCAUACUUUUCUUGACAUUUUUAAAUAAGCUUUAUAAAAAUUGACAAUAUAAUUGUUUCACUGUAGCUGAUUUGUGAUUAUUCUUUUUUUCUGAGACCAAUCGGUGACUUUAUAAAAAAGUGCCAGGCCAAGAAACUAUAGUGAGAGUAAUUCUUCCUUUAAUUUCUUUGAGCAUCCUUGUCAAGAAAGCAUGCAUCAUGCCUGAUGUACUUCUCCCAUUCACAGCAAGAAGAAUGUCACCACAUCUUAAAAAAAAAAGUCAAGAUAUGUGAUUAGUAUCUUCAUUUUAAAUUCACUACAAUGCUAAAAGUGUUGGGAGUUGCAAUACAGGGCCAAGAGGAUGUGUAAUUCUGUAUUUCUUAGAAGACAAAAUGAUACACAGUUUUAAUUUCUACACCCCCGACCCUGAAAGUAAAUCUAUGCCUUAUUUCAAGUGGGGCCAAGCUUUAGGAAUAUAGGUUUUGUGUUAGGUAAUCCUUAUCAUUACCUGAUUCUUCCAUCUUUGUAUGCUGGUGUUCCUUCAACAAUGGAUUUGAUAAAAAAAGGUUUGUUCCCAUUGUUUUCUUCAUAACCUCCUACAAUGCGGAAGCCCAGAGUUCCAGCUAUGUUUCUUCGUAACACAACAUCUUUACGGUUAUAUAAGUACCUGAAAUAAAAGAAUCCGUAUAUAUGCACAGUUACCUAUUAGUUCAUUAUUGUGACUUCAUCUCCCAUUCCGUUUAUUGGUUACUUUCUUGAAGCCAAGUAGCAUCGAACAGGUCCCAUUUAAAACUGUAUCAUAGCCUAGUAACUUUUAUGCUGUUAGCCAGCUUGUAAUUAGUCCUCAUCGCUGAGCACUCUUAAAAGUGACAUUACCAGGGCUGGGGAUUUAGUUCAGUGGCAUAAGCGCCUGCCUUGCAAGUGUGUGGUCGUGAGUUUGAUCCCUGGUACCGAUUUAAAAAAAAAAAAAAAAGUGACAUUACCUGUUACGUUUGGUCUGUAUGUUUAUUAAGAAAAUAAUCAUCAAAAUGACUUCAAAAUGACCUAAUCUUUGAGGAUUUAUAUUAACAAUAAAGUUAGGUAUGCCUCAAUGCUUAUUGAUAAACCAAAUUGUUCUUAUAGAUACCAUAUUUUUAUUUGGGGAUAUAAUUUUAAUACACGUAAAAACCCUUUGACUAGGUGAUUAAUCUCAGUAAAGAAAAGUUAAGCCUAAGCUAAUUAAUGAAGUAGGAGUUUUGAUCUGUGAAAGUAUUAGUUUAUACUAACAUAAGCUGAGACAAGGUGCAGUCAGAGUAAAUGAGAGCUGAGGGACAUUUGUCAGAAGAACACGUGGGAGGAAAAACAAUAGCAUAAACUGAAUUGGGGUUUACAAAAGGAGAGAAGGAAAAAUGAUAGCUCUUCUGUAAAUAAGUAGAAUCCUCAACUAAAAUAGAAAAAAAUUCAAGAAGUUCCUUUACUAUUCAGUAGCCUUGGGAUCAGUGUUCACAUAUGUACAGGCUAAGUGCACACUGUUGCAGCUGUUAAAAAGAUGGGAGCUGGAUUUCUCUCUAAGAUCCCCUUGUCUACUGUAUAUUUAUCUAUCUGUAGUCCAGGAACUGGUCUGAUAAAAUCCCAUUUUCACAUUGGUGAAAAUCAACAUAGGAUAUUCUGUUCAUAAACUGUACCUUAAUAUUAACUUUUUUGACAACCAAUAAAAUGUCUUGUGAAAUGUUAACUGAUAAAGUUUACUACAUUUGCUACUGAUGUUCAUCAAUGAAACAUGACUUUGCAAAAUGUUGCUCUCAUUCGAAGUAAAACUAAGCUGUGGUUUUAUUUCACUGAAAUAGCAAAAGAUGUGAAUAAAUUUCAUCAAGUGAAAAUGCUGUAUUUUUUCAUUGUAAAAUGUUUGCCUGCUAUACCUCACAAUAAACCUUGAUUUCAGUAGUCAAGUGGACACUAUGGUCUCUUGGAUAUCACAUUGUACGUAACAGUAGCCAACUGAGUGUUGACCAAACAUCAAAGCAUUAAAUCUCUACCUUGGAA